CGUUUUGUUUUGUUUGUACGAUGUUUGUUUGUCAGAGAUGUUUCAAUGAUAAGACAUAAAACUGGCUAGUGACAGAGAUGAAAAAAGGAUAUUUUGCAAAGGUUUGAAGCAUGAGAAGGAAAUCUAUACUAAACGUGCUCUGAUGACAACGAGAUUAAGAUAAAAGCACAUUAAUCGUGAUGCUGAGCAACAUCAUUUGAUUGGAGUGUUUGUAAAAGGUCCAGAGAAUGUCGAUGUUUCUGAAGUGAUAUCUCAACCCUUUAUAGUUCUAUUCUCUGAAGAUGAUGACCACAUGAGCAUAGAAGAGUUGGACAGAGACUUAAAUAAUCUUAGGGAAAAGAGAGAUGUAAAACCAGAGAUUUUAGACAAUGAACUGCCAGAUUACAUGUCAGAAAAGGUGGAUGGUUCACUAGCAGAAGUUCAAGCUCGAAUCAAGUACAAACCUUUAGAUUCCGCUGUUGUUCCUCGUCCUGAAGCUAGAAAAGUGUCUCCCUCAUCCUUAGAGAAGCACAGAAAGAGGAGGCGUCGUCGUCGAAGAAAGGAUAAACGCUUACCAUAUGCCUGGGGGAAAAAUUGGUUCAAAAAGGAGACGAGAAAUAAUCCCGACUACGAAGGAGAUGAUGAAGAUGAUUAUCUUGAUGAUGAGAGUACAUUUGAUCAAGAUUCAUGCCAAAAACGGAAGUUGGUCGUAAAUUUUGCAGAAAUAGGUUGGGGCGACUGGAUCAUUUCUCCCAAGACGUUCGAUGCUUCAUAUUGUUCUGGUGUUUGUUCUCAUCCCCUAAAGAAAAAUGUACAGUCAUCCAACCAUGCCACGAUUCAAAGUUUAAUCUACUCUAUGGGAUUGAAGAAAGGUGUACCAGGUUUAUGCUGCGUUCCUCAAUCUCUGAGUUCUGUUUCUCUCAUGUACUAUGAUGAGAACAGGAAUGUCAUUCUCAAAAGCUACCCAAACAUGAGUGUGGAAAGCUGCUCUUGUCGUUAAGAUCAGUCGUUGUUAAAAAAAAAUCUUUUCGUACAUCAAUAGAAUUCUUUUUACUAUCCUUUGGCACUUUUCUCACUUUACACUUUUGGUAUUUCUUUUAUAGAUACAGCUAUUAACUUUCAUAAUGUAUAGUAUGUGUGGAUAACAACAAAAUCUCAAAUUUCGAAGAAUUAUAAAAAUAAUUACUAUUUCUAAAAUUUUUUGAAAAAUUUCUCGAAUCAUUAUUAACAGUCAAUUUUAUAAAAUUUAUUUCUUAAUGGUAUAGAUUUCUUGUUGAUUACACGCUUGAUUAUUUUAAACUCGUAUUUUCAUAUAUCAUGUUAAAAUGUCAUAAUAUGGUAUGCAUUCUCAGAAACAAAACUUUCAUUUUGACGAUUCAGCGUUUCUUGAGUGUUUUGUUAAUUUUGAGAAUCAUUUUGUCACGAAAUCAUGUGAUUUGUGACUUUCAAAUACCUGACGAAAAUGUUUCCUCAACUCGGAACCUCAUCGCAGUGCAUUGUUAACUGGAAUGACGAAACAGAAUAAAGACUAGACGAUUGAAGCUAGAAGGACGAAAUAUUUCAUUCAAACGAAGAAAGUUUUGUUAAAUCUGAAUAAACAUUUUUUACAGUGUGUUAGGUAAUAGUAAUUAGACCGGAAACUGCAAUGACCUAGUCAAGAUUUCUGAUGAGCAGGGUCGUAGUGAAAGCUAAUUUUUUUGCAAAAUGCAAAAUUAAGCUACCUAAUUUUGAUUUAAACAAAAUGAUCAGUUUUAAGAAUUUUAAUAAAUCGAAAUAAAAGUUGAAUGAAAAAAAAUAAAUCGGUUUAUCUGUCGAUAAAUUUAUGUCUUUCCGGAAAAGUAUAUAUUAUUUUACAACUUUAGGAGUGGAUAGAUAUCUCCUUUAUUCCCUUAACUCCCGUUUAUAGGAAAAGAAUUUAAUUAAUUUAAUUUGUAUCACGUUAAUAGACUUAGGCUUUUCAAGUUUUCGCCAUUUCAGAAGACAGGACAGAAACUUAAAUUUUGUAUAAAAUGUAUAACAUAUAAAAUAACCUAUGUAAAAAUACCUGAUAAUGAAAUAACUUGGAAAGGCGUGUAUAAAAAUCUAUAAUUUUAUCUAAUAGUUGCUUGUUUGUGAUAAUUUUGUCUACUUGAUUUAGGGAUACUUUAAACAAGAAUACUUUAAACUUUUAGAGCACUAGAAUACUUUAAAAAAUUUUUUCAAAUCCACGAAAACAACACUUUUUAUUUUCACAGCUAACACUUCGGAAAUUUUUUUACUGCUUGCUUAAUGUAUCAUAAAACUUUUAUUUACAAUGUCUUAAUUUGGUGCAUAUGUUAGGGUUAAAAGAAUAAUUAAAGCUAAAAGUAGAUUUAUGCAGUUAAAGUUGGAGAUAAUCAAUCCUUACUGGUUAUAGCUCCUGAAACCUCCAAUGGUUACACUUUUAACCGAGUAAAACUGGGUCUAACUAAGUCAGGUCAGUUAUAGUCUGAAUCCUAAUAUCUAAAGCCUAAUAGCUACUAUACACAUUAUCAUCUGAGCAAUGGUCUUUAACAUUAAAAUAAAUCAGUGUAGGAAAAUUUGGCAAUAGCUUUUAACCAUAAAAGAAACUUCAGUAUAUGAAAACCGGGCAAUGUAUAUUCAAUUAACAAUUUCAUCACUUAUACAAAAUCAUUCAAUGAAUAACGAUGAUAACGAAAAGUUCUGUUAGAAAGCACGAUGUUCCAUAAUCACCACCCUCAACUUAUAUUUUUAGACAACUAAUCCGUAAUGAAAUAAGAAAUGCAUACAUAAUAGGGGUUACAAAUUAAAAUGCAAGCGUAGGGAGAACGUAAUAAUUUUUGAAAUCUAGCAAACUACUAUUAAGUAAGGUGAAACUGAAACAUCGAAUCCUGUUGGUUUGCUGCAGGAAACAGAACAGUUGAUGUGAUUAUUAGAAAUAUCUUUAAAUUUUAUCGUGCUCUCAAACUGAUUUUGAUCUGUUUAAUCUAAGAUUUCCUUUAAUAGUUCGACUGAUAUCAGUAGUGUUUUUUUGUUUUUUCUUGCUUAAACAUAUAUGUAUGACUUCGAAUGAGUGUAAUUUUUUGCCUUCUUAUUUUUUUUAUAACGAUUCCAAAUUAUUUAUUAUAAAUGGUGAUUAAAAACAUCCAAUAAAUGUUUUUUG